AUGGAAUCACAACUACCCUCGAACAUGGAAGAGGUCGAGCAGAGAUCGUCACCGCUCGCCGGCCCCGGAACAACGCGAGCAAAUCGACGACUCCAACUACGAAAGAAUGGCUUCCGCGGUCGAGUUCUGCCCAACCGCAACAUCACUCCCAAGCGCAGGACCUCGGGCGCUUGGUCAUCUCCCGCACAACAAGAUGACACACCAACUUCAGAUCUACCACAGCAACCCGAGUCGACCAAGACAUAUCUGAGUGCAAGAGGAAGGUCGUCUAGCAUACUUCAAGAAGUCAGCAACUCGAGUCUACGGAGAAAAGACAAGAACAAGAACAAGCACGACUCGGUCCUGUCCGUCUUUGCAGACGAGAAUGGAGACGACAAGGCCUGGAACUUUGAGUCGUCGCCAGCAUGUCUUCCACCAGAAGCCCCGAACCUCACAAAGUCGAGAAAGAAGCAUCAACGCACUCAGUCCUACAAAAGCAACCCUGACUCGGAUCAACAAGAUCAACACAUUGCUUAUCUCGAAUCAGAACUCGCUGCCUACCAGACACAGCUAGCCUCAUUGAGCUCCCCAACGGCCACGAAAGAGAAGGGCCAAAAGAUACGUCAGUUGAACCAAGACAUUCGAAGAUUGGAACAGGAGAACACUCGCUGGGAGGCCGAGUUUGAUGAGAGGGUGCUACAGGUCAUGGAAGAGCACGAUGGUGUCGAGAACAACCUGCGCGCGAGGAUCAACAUGUUGGAAGCAGACGGCGACAAGUACUUGCAAAAGGUCAAGGAACUCCAAGCUCAACUUGACGCUACGAGAAAGGCUUUGGACAUUGCCGAAGCUGCGAAUGUCGAGUUUGAGAAGAGAUUGGAGACGUUUGCACACUUGCUUGUCACUUCGCCUAUCAAGACCGAGACACCGCUCGCUCAGCCGCCUUUUACCAAGGAGUCCAGAAGUACGAGACAGAAGAGACUGUCAUUCCAUCGCUUUCCCACGGCUGGCUCUUUGCACCAAGCGAGUAUGCUCGAACACCAUGAAGGCGACGAGCCCAGACCACAAUGCGAGGGCGCUGUACAGGAUUACUUCGACAACCCCAUAAGCGACACUGAAGGGGAUGCCUCUAAGCGAGAGUCCUUCAUCAGUGACGCCUCACGCAACAGCAUCGACUUUAGUCUCCUUAUGAACCAGGAACCUCCGCCAUCUUCCUCCCGAGCUCGACCAAAUCGACGAAUGCGAAGAUUCCAUGGUGGAUCACAUCUUCCCAAACCUUUGAUCCUGUCGGCUGCUCAAUUAGCUCCCAUACUGGCUUCGGCACCUGUUUACGAGCCACACGACUCACCUCGUGCAUUUCCGUUCCCAGAUGUACCUGUUGUGCCGAGAAGAGCCAGUUGCCAUGAAUUCAGCCCAAUCGCUGGACGCAGACGAGCAAAGACGAAUACAGAUGGACUUCAAUCGACGUUACUCCCACCUUUUGUCGCUACAGAGUCUUCCUCAACAAUUCCCUCAAACGAGGAAGAUAAAACACCGACCCCUCAACAUACCAUCGCCUCGCACGACACAGCAGCAGAGUAUCCCUCCAUAGGUCCCAACACUGGAAGAAACCUACUCGAAGAGCUAGAUGCCGCUAGACACGACGAGGACUCUCAAACCACUUCUUCGGGACCCACUCCCUUCGCAACUCUCAACGCCAAACCUGCAGACUUGUCGUCUCACAGCACUAGCAUUCAAAGAAAUGUGUCUGGAGCCAUGCGUCUACGCCAUCAACGCAGCAUGUCCGAAGCGACAGGUUUGUCGAUGUACCCACCUUCUUCUCGGACUACAUCUUCUGCUCUUCCAGCCCCUGUACCAAAACCCAACGGCGUGGUAGAGUUGGUCAAAGAGCUGCUGCGUCAACCUUUCAAGAUUGCCAGGAGAUGUGUGGCUCGAGCUCAUCAAGCAUUCUUGCUAUCGAGAACAUUGAAUCGCUUCCAGUGGAUGUUGUUGCAUGUUUUACUCGGUCCUAUGGCAACGAGAAGGUUGAUGGCUUGCUCUCUACACGAAAAUGCCAUUUUGAUGCAAACUCCUUAUCGUCAAUCUUCUCCUUCUCCAUCAGAGAGAUCUCAAGCCGAAGAUACAGAUUCUGAAGCUGAUUCCUCAGAUGUUGAGCUUUCACCUUGUCCAUCACGACAAUUACGCCGAAGAGCAUCGCCUUCAACAUGUGUCUUUGAGACACGACGCAAAAGACAAAGAAGAGAAGAUGCACCCAUGUUGAGUAGACAUUCGCCUUGGCUGUGGGUGAGAUUUUCAUUGACGUUGGCAUUUGCCGUCGCGGCGGCUGUGAAAGAGGGACCUGGAGCUCUGAUGGUCGAAUGUGCGAGGGGCGUCGAUGAAGAUGAAGAGGGCACCAAAUGUGGAUGUUUAAAGUGUCUUGGAAGAGAAAUGGCAAAGUGUAGAUAG